UCCGACCUCCGAGCGUCCUACCUCGAGCCGAGCAGAGCUUUCCCCCUUCCUCUGCCGCAGAAGCCCAAACCCUAAACCCUCGGGCCCAAAUGUCGAGGCCGGUGCCCGCGGUUGCGGCGGCGGCUGCGCUGCUGGCGAUCCUCGCGGCGGUGGCGCCCCGCGGCGCGACGGCGAAGACGACGAUCGAGCCGUGCUCGGGCGCGGACGCGUGCCCGGCGCUGCUCGGGUACACGCUCUACGCGGACAUGAAGGUGUCCGAGGUGGCCGCGCUCUUCGGCGCCGACCCGGCGGCGGUGCUGGCCGCCAACGCGCUCGACUUCGCCUCCCCGGGCGCCGCCAACCGCAUCCUCCCCGCGGGGACGCCCCUCCGCGUGCCCACCCGCUGCGCCUGCGCCGACGGCGUCCGCAAGUCCGUCGCCGUCCGCUACGCCGCGCGCCCCGCGGACACGCUCGGCUCCGUCGCCGACGUCGUCUUCGCCGGGCUCCCCUCCGCCGACCAGAUCCGCACCGCCAACGGGCUCGCCGAGGAGGACCCCGACGCGCCGCUCAACCCCGGGGAGCAGCUCGUCAUCCCGCUCCCCUGCGUCUGCUUCAACUCCACCGAUAACAACCUCCCCGCCGUGUACCUCUCCUACGUCGUGCGGGUCGGGGACACCGUGCAAUCCAUCGCCGCCAGCCACGCCACCACCGUCACGGAUGUCAGCAAUGUGAACGCAAUGGGGAGCCCCAUUGUCGCGCCCGGUGACAUCCUCGCCAUUCCAUUGCCAGCUUGCGCAUCAGCGUUUCCUAACUCUGCUUCGGACUCUGGAUUGCUUGUGGCAAAUGGGACCUAUGCACUAACUGCUGGUAACUGUGUGGAGUGCAGUUGUGGGCCAGCGAAUCUCAAUUUGUACUGCACCCCAGCGCCAGCUUCAUUAACAGCAUCAUGUUCAAGUAUGCAAUGCCCCAAUAGCAACCUAAUCCUUGGUAAUGUGACUGCACAACCCACCAGUGGUGGCUGCAGUGUCUCGUCUUGCAACUAUGGUGGCUAUAUCAAUGGAACCAUUGCAACAUCGGUAUCCUCUGGUCUUCAACCCACAUGCCCAGGACCACAUCAAUUCCCCCCUCUCACGGCACUGCCAACUGCAGCAAACCAUGUUUCAUACCCUCCAGCAGCUGCACCAGGACCUGGAGAGGCAGGCGGUGCCAUCCCGGGAGGAUCCAACGUUCCUCCGGCAAAUGGGCCUGGUGGAAGUCCCUCACAGGCGCCUGCGAUGAAUCAGCCGUGCCUUAUCCUCCUCCUUUCCAUUCUUUGUAUGGUCUUAUCUUUGCGGAUGUGAAUUCCUCCUGUACAGAGUAUUUGUUGGCUGUAUUUGUAUUGAACCAGGGAGGCCUCAUUUUGGGCCUGGUCCUGGUGGAACCUCAUUGAGAAAGAUUGGUGUAGCCAGUAGCCUGUAGCUCUUCA